CCAUCUCAUUGUGCUCUCUCAGUUCAAAGCUGAGAGCCGCCAUGGGCACUCUUAAUUAUUCUUUGGGGUCUUUUUUCCCUGUGAGGAAAGUGUCGCCGAGUUUGUUGUUAUUGAGGCCUCAGAGACGAUACACCCAGCUACCCAGCAAUCUACACGAGUGCAUUGACCGACCAUCGCCGACCGUAGUCUACCGUCCAUUCGUCGUGCUGAUCCUCCUUCUGCCCCUGGUGUUUUACUUCUACAGAAUAAAUGGGAUGGAAAUCAAUCAGAUCAAAGCUACUAGAAGGGGGUUCUUGUUGAAUAAUACGUAUGUGGUGAAACGGACGAAAAGCCUUCGCGAUACAACUAUGGAAAUAUUUGAUAAAGGUGUCAGAGGUGCUAGACUGAAUAAAACGAUGCCGGCCGGAAAUAAAACAGCUGAGUCUAUUGACAGUAGCGAAGUGUUUGAUGACGCAACUGAAGAUACGCCAACGGAAAACACUAAAAUCGCAAAUAUAACUGAAAUUUUGCCGCAUUCUGGUCUACCAGUUUGUGAGAUACAAACUUCAAAUAAUACAAAAGUACGGAACCUGACGAUAAACUACAACGUGACCAAAGAACCGGCGUUCCUCCAAAACCCGCUAAUAGAAAUGGGGGGUUAUUACAAGCCUUCUAAAUGCCUGACAAGGCAUAGGAUUGCCAUCAUCGUCCCGUAUAGGCAACGUGAAAAGAAUUUGGCAAUAUUUCUUACACACAUGCACCAGUUCCUGAUGAAUCAGCAGAUAGAAUACCGGAUAUACGUCAUCGAACAGAGUGGAACAGAGAAAUUCAACAAAGGCCGCGUACUCAACGCCGGUUUCGACCAGAUCAAGGAUUAUUGGGAGUGCUUCAUAUUCCACGACGUAGACCUGCUACCGCUGGACCCCGGGAUCCUGUACACCUGCCCCAAGUAUCCGAGGCACAUGAGCACCACGGUGUAUGAGGACAAUGAAAUCGUGAAGUUUACCGACUUCUUCGGCGGUGUAACAGCGAUGAAGGAUGAUCAUUUUCUGCUCGUGAACGGUUACUCCAACAGAUACUGGGGGUGGGGAGGGGAGGACAACGACAUGUAUUGGAGGAUACGUCUAGCGAAAUUGCCUAUAAUGAGAUAUAAUAAGAACAUAGCGCGCUAUUUAAUGUUGCCACACUACUUAGCAGAAAGAAAUGAGCACAGAUACGACAUACUAAACAAGUAUGGAAUGUCGCGAGCGCGACAUAUAGAAAAUGGGCUAUCCAGUCUCAAGUACACAGUAGUGUUUAAGAAGUCAUAUCCUCUAUUCUCACACAUUGUGGUUGACGUCAAUCCGUAUAAAGAUCCUGUUGAUUAA